AUGCUGAAGCUAACACAGGAUUUCUCCACUGGGAAAGAACAGGAAAACCGGAGCCAUUCGAGGGCUCUGAGGCCGCAUAGUUUUAAGUGGACCCUGGCGGCCGCCGUGGCUCCGAUGACCUCCUGCUUGGAGAGACUAGCAGACCAGCUCCUCGGGACUGGCCCGGAGCUGCACACAGGAGGAAGUUUGCCGCCGUUUCAAGUAGUUGUUGAAAUCUUCUUCCCUCUCCGGUCAUGA